AUGGACGCCGCCGUCGGCGGGGCGUCGACUCCGCCGGCAGCGACCGGGCAAGAGCCGCGGGACGCACGCGUGGUGCGGAGGAUCCUGCGCUCCUUGGGUCUCAGGGAGUGCGAGUACGACCCGCGGGUGGUGGGCCGAUUCGUGGAGCUCGCCCGCCGCUACGCGGGCGACGUGCUCUGCGAGGCCAGGGCCUACGCCGACCACGCCGGCAGGGCGUCGCUCGAGGCCGACGACGUGCGCCUAGCGAUCCGGGCCAAGGUCGCGUUCUCCCCGGGGCCGCCGCGCCGCGAGGUUAUCUUUGACCUGGCACGCAGCAGGAACACAAUCCCUCUGCACAAGGCGACUGCUCCUCCUGGAUCGAUCCCUCUCCCGUCUCUUGAGGACACUAUGCUGAGCCCAAAUUACCGAGUUGUUCGUCCGGUUAUGCCAUCCCUUGAUCAGGAAACCGAAGAUUGCGAUGAAGAUUCUGAUCCUAAUUCCAACACUGAACAAGAGCACAAUGGGUAUGGCCGUGAGACAGAGAAGGUGAAGGCUGACAUCAACGGUUGA